AUGGAGCAGCAACCAGCAUUCGCGUGGUUGCCACUCCGAUCUUAUGGGUUUCGAUUCAUCAUUCAAGCAGACUGGGCCGUGCCCUCGUCUCGCGAAGCCAUCCUGGCAGAGAGCCCGCUCAACCAGACCUUAAGGCGGCAUCUCCCAGACAUCUUCUGCAACUUGAUCGAGGAGCUGGCCGCGAGCGCGUUGAAGAUCUCACAGGUUCAACCGCGCAGGAAGGCCUUCAAGAGGAUCUAUUCACUCAUCCCACUUGUUGGGGAAGCCAGGGAGUUUUUUGCGGACAUUCCCAAGUCUAUUCUUCAGUUGCUCAUGAAAAAGAAUUUCAUCUUGGUGCAAGACAAAGGUCGCCACAAACUAGUGUCACCUGGUGAGGUUGUUCGCCCUGAGCUGCCGAAAAGUGUGGAUGCGCAUUUAAAUGAUGAUGUCAAGCGGACAUUAGAGGUGGUAUUGAAUCAGCGUGGCCAUUACAUACCGGUGGAGGAGUUGAGCAGCAGCUUGGCCGCCGCCGAGAAUCUGAGCAUCCAACAUCUCAGUGCUACCGUCGCAUUCCAGUGUUUGGACUGCUUGUCCCGUGUAGAUGCCGGUGCCAGACUGCGGUCGGAAUCCGACCUUGGCUUGCUUCACGUCCUGUUUCAUGUCAUGGCCUGUGAACUCGGCACUAUGCCGAAAGCUCUAUUUGAGAACCUCCGUGGUUUGGCAGCCAUUCCGACCGAAAGUGGGAGACUUUGCUCCGCGGAAAGCAAGGUGUACAUCGUGGACGAGGCGAUGGCCAAGACAUUGAGGGGAUACGCAGAAGGCUUGAAUCUGCGUUUUCGACAGGAUAUGCACGACAAAGUGAAGUCGCUGUUCAAUGUCUUAGGGCUGCAACAGACCGAUGGCCCCAGGUUUUUGCGGGAAGUCCUGGUACCAAUGCUCACAGCUGACACUGCCGCAAGCAUUCAUACAUUGGUCAAUGCCACACGAAGUGCACGAGGAAUCCUUGCAUCCAUGAACAAGGAUCAGAGAAAGGUGAUCACCGAUACCUUGCAAGAGAAGAUGUGGGUUGCUGUCGAUGUGGUUGAUGCCAGAGGGCUGAGCAGCACAAGGCCAGUCCGACCGUCCCAAGACGUUGUGCACAUCUCACAUUUGCCUGAGUCCUUCACUGCCUUUUUGGCUGGGCGCGAGUGGUUGACUGCAAGUCAGCUGUACUACGCUCAUGCAGUUGAAGAUCCUUCUCCAGCGUUUUCAUGGGGUGCCUUUUGGCAGGAUUUGGGGUGCUGGCCAGCCUUCAGUGUGGAGACGGAUGAACCAUCAACUCUAACAGCCUCGAGUCAGAGCCGCGACCUCAACUGCGUCAUGCUCGCUUUGAAACGAAUGCAGGCGACACCAGCCUGUGCACAAAAGGCGGCUUUGGAAUUGGUGGCCUGGCUAGCUCCACAUGGAUCCUUCUAUGCCAAAUACUUCAAAAAUACAUCAGAAGCACCUCUUGCUAGCAUGCUGUUCAAGACCGCGUGGAUGCCGUCAUGGACCGGCGAAAGACUGUUGGCUCCACACGAUGGGUGGGUUCCAGUUUCGAGAAGUGAUGACAGGGUGCGGGAGAGCAGAUUUUUAGCGAGUAGCUGCUUCCACAGGGCUACCGAGGUCCUGCUUGAUUCCUGGCCCUGCCUCCACCUGGCAAGAUCACCCAAAGCCAACAUCAUCGUCCGCACCUUGAGCUACCAUGCAGCAUUACCGGCAGCAGCCUGGAGCACAGGAGAGAUGGCUUCGGUGUACAAAGAUUUGUCCCUGGCUUGCUAUAAAGAACGUAUUUGGGCCCCACGUCCAGAUCAAGAAGACGAGCCAUCGCAAGAGAGUCUUGAGGUACGUGAGUAUUUGCUUCACAUGCCUUGGAUUUUCUUGCCCGACCAGCGAUGCGGGAGCCUCAAUCCGACCGACAAGGAGACAGGUAGAUUCUUCACUUCAGAAGAAGUCGUUAUUCGAGACAUGUCGUGCCUCCUCAGUGACGAUCAGCGACGUGGUCGUCGUGUCACGAAUGAGAUGGUCAGGCUUGUUGCACAGAGUGUUUCUGUGCGAACCGUCCGGGAGCACUACCCGGACAAGAACGUCCUGGGCUUCUUCAAAGACUGGGGUGUGGUCGCCGACGUUGGCUGGGAAGUCUACUUGGAAGUGCUGAGAUUGGUGGACCGACUGGUUAGCAGAGAAGACGACGCUCAUGUCUGGGAGAACGACCAUGCGUAUCAGGUUGUCUGGCACGUCCUGGAGGUGGUGGGCUACUGCUCUCCGCACCCUGUCGACGAAGGUCCGCCGGUGGAGAACCGAGGCCAGACAGCCGACGACCAUGACCAAGUGCAAGCUGAUCAGGAUGGUGAAGAGACCGAUGCUUCUCUGCAAAACUUCGUCGAGCAAGCCCGAAAUCUACGGAUAUGCUACACGCAGUCAAAGCGGUUUCGAAAGCCAAGUGCCGUUGAGUAUGUGGCAGCAGAUGCUUCAAGCUGGUGGGAAGAAGCGCAGAACUUUGCGGCGAUGCUUCCCAGUGCCAAUGAAGAGAGCCGCAUUGCUGUGGGUUGGCGUUGCCUUGGACUCCGAAGAUGGAAGACAUGGUGUGCGUUCCGGAGCAUCUUGCCCGAAGUCACCCCGCACAAUGCCCUUGAAGCAAAGCUUGCUCGAGCAAUCAUUCUGGGCGGCGUCCGAAGUGCUUUGCUGAAGUUCGAAGCCCAAAACAAGAACAUGCCAGAUGCGACCAGGAAAGUUAUCAGGGUGGCGUGGCGACUGGCGAUUGCAAUGAAGGUGGCUUGCAUCUAUGCUGCCCACAAGCGCGAGGAGUCUCUGCUGGUGCAGGAAGUGGUUGCAUUGCCGGCAAGCAGACUGGAGACAUGCGGAGUGGCGGCGCUGGUAGAAGAUGAAGCAAACACAAUCAUGGUGAGUGACCGGGAAGAAGUUGUCGUUGCUCGCAUGAAUGCACCGGUCGUCUACCCUUUCCUCGCCGGGUUUAUUCGGUCUGCCGGAAAGCGUCAACCUGCAGUGGCUCUGAACGUGCAGUCCAAGAUCUACACUGCCUAUGUCAUUGAAAGCCACCAUUCCGAACCCGUGGAUGCUCUAUUCUCUGAGCUUUCUCACAUCUGUCCGGAAGCCGAAAACAUGCGGAAGGACGACUUGAAGACUAUCAGAAAAGAGACAGCGAGAUCUCUUCUUGCCAUUGCAAAGCAGGUGAAAGCGACGCAGCGCGUCGCCAGACUACAAGAAGGGGUGAACGUCAGUGCAGCCGUUGAGGAUGCGAUGCGAAAGUCAGGUCUCAAGUCCAACCUGAGCUGGGACCAGAUUCACAAUCAGCACUGGGGUUUGUCGGACGCGCUGCGCAUCGAACCAGAAGAGGCUUGGCAGAAGCUUGUGGCAGGAGAGGAUCUCUGGGGCAGCGAAGAACAAGACCAGGAGGCUGCUGCUUCCUCGGCACCCGUAGACCAUGCGGAAGCCGCAGAGUCGCUCCACAAUCCCUCAGACGAUGGGUCCCACGCGAGCCAGGCCGGGCAGGAGCCCGAGCAAGCCUUAACCGACGAUGAGGAUAGUAGCGACGGGGAACAG